AUGGAGGAAUUAAUGACCAAGCUGAUAACAGAGACUCCAGAGCAACCAAUUCCUUUUUUAAUCAGUUAUCUGCAAUCAAAAAUAGGACAUAGUGGUCAAUUACAGAGGACACUGUCUGGAUCAGCUGCUCUCUGGGCAGAAAGUGAAUCACCAGAAAACAAAGGAAUGCGGCGAGAUUUUAGAAGCUAUGACAAACCCUGGCAAGUAAAUGCAAAAAAGCCAAAAAAGUCAAAGAGUGACCUUGCAGUUUGUAACAUUUCUCCACCUUCUCCAGAAUCCAAGUCCUUACCAAGGUCUAUUGAACAUCCUAAGUGGGACUGGCGGACAAAACCUGAAAGUCAUGAUUUUGAUGAGUUAAACCAUAUUCUUCUAGAAAGUAAGAAGUUGGGGAAAGCAUUAGAGAACUUAUCACGCAGUAUAGCUGUUACAGAUGAACUGGAGCAGGAUACAAGGGCAUUUAAUUCAUCACUUUUAAAACCAUGUGUGAUUGGUGAAUGGGUUGGACGUGAUGAUAAUGAUCCAGACCCUUUGGCUGCUGAAAUGAUCCAACCUCCAGUACCAAGAAAUAAAAAUGAACAACAUGAGGGUGAAGAAAUUAACAGCAGCCCUGCAGGAAGUUUGAAGAUGGAGCCAAAAAACAAAGGAUUAAAGCAACAACAGCAACACCAUAAGAAACUCUUGGCCGCAAUGUUGUCCCAAGACUCCUUUGACUCAGUACACAGUACUCCUGCUUCUGUCACAGAAGAAGAUAUUGAUAAUGAAGAUGAUGCCAUGGAACUGCUGGAGGACCUUGAUGAUCUGCGGAUGGAAGGUGUAACCAGCCUGAUGCAUUCUGGGAGCAAAUUUAGCCAGGGGAGAAGUACUUAUGGCACUGAGCCACAAGCAAAAGUCACACUAAACAUCUGUUCAAGGUGUGCAAGAUUACAGGGCGAAAACCUGGUUCAGGGAGUAGAUGAGGUACCACAAGAAAGUCAUCCAUCAGAAAAAGCUGUGGUAGAUGCAAAUGCUUUGUUGCCUGGGGCAGAGACAUUAAUGGAGGAUGAUGAAGAAUUUGAGAGUGCUUCUCAAGUGACAGGACCUCGUCAACCAGUCUGGGAUUCAGAAGCUUUGUCUGCCAGAAGUGGAGGCUCUCAGAAUCAAAAGCUCCUGAAAGAAGCAUUAACCGCAAAAGAGUUGAAGAGCAUGGAAAAGCAUCUCGCUGAUAUUGAAAAAGACUUAGCACUAAUGGCUGAAGCAAGUAUGUCUCGGAGUCCAAAUAGCCAGCCUGGCGCUAUAGUUGCUAAUUCUCAACAAGGGAAUUCAAAUGUAUCUCAGUUACAGAACCCAAGACCACAAGUGCCAAAUCAAACCACAACAAACUUACAACUACACCUUCAAGGAAACAAGGCACCAACGCAAGCUAACAGCAGACAGGGUUCAACUCUAUCAAACAGUAGGCCACAGACGCCUAAUUCCCAAUCAAGCAAACUUCAAACACCCCCGACUCCACUAGGCCGACCAGGGACUCCAAACAGCUUGAUAUCCCGACCUCUUACCCCUGGCACACAUGGAAAUGAAGAUGGUGUAAUUGCUGAGCAGAGAAGAAACAGAUCUGUAACAAUAAAAAGUCAAAUUGGUUGGACUGGAAACAUCUCAACAGGAAUUGGAAGUUCUUCUCAGAUAGCUACUGAGAAUGUGGGAAAUGUCUCUCAAAGAAACAGUGUCACAGAGGAGGAAUCCUUUGAGCAGCUUCAGGGUUCACGUCAGCCAUGGGUUCUCCCAAGUGACACAGACAGUGAAGGAGUUGACAUAGAAAAGGAAAAACGUAAGUAUACCCACAAAAUAGAAAACUAA